AGACUCUCACAUCUGCCAGGACAGCGCUGCAGCGAGGCGCCAUGAAGGCCAGCGGACUCUUGCUUUUUCUGGCAGUUUCACCUCUUUUUGCAGCCCCUUUGUCCAGAAAGGAGGCAGAACAGAAAGAAGACAACUGGAUUUUUGCAGAGAAGUACCUCCGCAGGUUCUAUGGCCUCUCCCCACCUGGUCUGCGGGGGCAGCCGGGGUCCCCCGACUCUGUGCAGCUGAAGAUCCAGGAGAUGCAGGGUUUCUUGGGGCUGGAGGUGACCGGACAGCUGGACCCCGACACGCUGGCUGUCAUGAACAUGCCCCGGUGUGGGGUCCCUGACGUGGGGGAGUAUAAUCUCUUCCCCAGGAAUCUCAAAUGGAGAAACAACAAUGUGACCUUCAGGAUUGUAAAUUACACCCCAGAUCUGAAACCUUCUGAAGUGGACAGGGCGAUCCAUAAUGCUCUCAAAGCAUGGAGUGAUGUGACCCCUCUGGUUUUCAAGAAGAUACACAACGGUACUGCAGACAUCAUGAUAGCCUUUGGAGCAAAAGAACACGGAGACUUUAAUCCCUUUGAUGGGCCCAACGGCUUGCUGGCCCACGCCUACCCUCCAGGGAAUGGGAUUGGGGGAGACACGCAUUUUGACGAAGACGAAACAUGGUCAACCGACUCAAGCGGCUACAACUUGUUCGUCGUUGCAGCCCAUGAGUUUGGCCACGCUCUCGGCCUCGCCCACUCCUCGGACCCGGGGGCUCUGAUGUUCCCAGUGUACUCUUACUCCCGGGGCUUCCCCCUCGCUGAGGACGACAUGCACGGAAUACAGGCUCUCUACGGCCCGAACCCCGACCAUCGAAAAGUGAAACCCAAGCCUGACGCCCCAGACAAAUGUGACCCCAUGUUGACCUUUGAUGCAGUGACUGAACUCAGAGGGGAAACAAUCAUCUUUAAGGACAGGUUCUACUGGCGCCUGCACCCCCAGAUGGUGGAACCCGAGCAAACGCUCAUUAAGAUGACCUGGCCAUCUAUUCCAAACAAGAUUGACGCAGCCUAUGAAAAUCCUGCGAAAGACCUCGUUUUCAUAUUUAAAGGUAUCAGGAUGUGGGCUCUCAACGGGUACAACCUGGUGGAAGGCUACCCAAAGUACAUUCACAAGCUGGGCCUUCCGAAAAGCAUCCGCAGGAUCGACGCUGCUGUUUACAUGGAGGACAGUGGGAAGACCCUGCUCUUCACAGACGAAGACUACUGGAGCUAUGAUGAGAGUAGUGGGACCAUGGACCCAGGGUAUCCCAGGUCAAUAGAAGACGAUUUCCCGGGGAUUGGGGAAGAGAUGGAUGCUGUCUCCUACAAAUACGGAUAUUUGUAUUUCUACCGGGGUGCAAUACAGUUUGAGUACAACUACAGAGCACGCAAAGUUCUUCGCAUCCUGAGGACAAACUCCAUUCUCAACUGCUAAAACCCAACAAGGAAAAAAUAACAUUUCUGCACAUCUUUUUUUCAAAAAACUUUAUUUUAUAGUUUGUUGAAACUUCAAGCCAUGUCUGGUCUGGAAACCAGAGUUCAGUUAUUUAAUUUUGGUCUGAGGCCAAAUGUUAUUAAAUUAUUGAUUUUGUUAAAUAAAUUAUUACGUGACUGAAAAAUCCCCAAUUUAUUCUGCAUGUGUUCUUCUGUAUUUCUGAGUUACAGGAGUCAUAGCAAAAUGAGGGGAUUUUCCAUUUCUGUGGUUCAUGGUGUAUGUGAAAGAAGUAGCUUCUUAUUUCUUAAGAAGGAUAUGAAAACCAAUUUGUAUUGUAUGUGUAUGAGAGAGAGGAGGAGUGCUGUGUGGAAUAUAGAAUGGACUUAUUGAGUUUAUUAAAGAACUGAACUGAACUGUGGUGGUUAAUUUCAGUGGUUUGAGCACUUAAAGCCUGAGAAAAGGAAAAACAGAAAUAAUAAAAAUCUCAACACAAUA